AUGAGGCUGAAGAUAACUCUUUUGAAAGAACCAAAACAUCAAGAGUUAGUAAGCUGUGUGGGCUGGACUACUGCUGAAGAACUGUAUUCAUGUGGUGACGAUCAUCAGAUAGUGAAAUGGAACUUGUUAACCAGUGAAACGAAUCAAAUGGUGAAGCUCCCUGAUGAUACUUACCCAAUAGAUCUUCACUGGUUUCCAAAAAGUUUAGGCAUAAAGAAGCAGACUCAAGCAGAAAGUUUUGUCCUCACAAGCUCUGAUGGUAAAUUUCAUCUGAUUUCCAAGUUAGGAAGAGUGGAAAAAAGUGUGGAAGCCCACUGUGGAGCAGUGCUUUCAGCGAGGUGGAAUUAUGAAGGAACAGCACUGGUCACAGUUGGAGAAGAUGGACAAAUAAAAAUCUGGUCAAAGACUGGGAUGCUGAGAUCAACCUUAGCUCAACAAGGAACACCAGUGUAUUCAGUAGCAUGGGGCCCUGAUUCAGAAAAGGUUCUUUACACAGCUCGCAAUCAGUUGGUCAUUAAACCUCUUCAACCAAAUGCUAAAGUUUUACAGUGGAAGGCUCAUGACGGCAUUAUUUUAAAAGUCGAUUGGAAUUCAAUUAAUGAUCUUAUUUUAUCUGCUGGGGAAGACUGUAAAUAUAAGGUGUGGGAUAGUUAUGGUCGCCUGCUCUACAGUUCACAACCUCAUGAGCAUCCUAUUACUUCAGUUGCUUGGGCUCCAGAUGGAGAAUUAUUUGCUGUUGGAUCAUUUCAUACUUUACGUUUGUGUGAUAAAACUGGGUGGUCAUAUGCCUUAGAAAAGCCGAACACGGGCAGCAUAUUUAACAUCGCCUGGUCAGUUGAUGGCACACAGAUCGCUGGAGCCUGUGGAAAUGGGCAUGUGAUUUUCGCACAUGUAGUAGAGCAGCGUUGGGAGUGGAAGAAUUUUCAAGUGACAUUAACUAAAAGAAGGACCAUGCAGGUUCGGAAUGUUCUUGAUGAUGCAGUGGACUUACUGGAAUUCCGUGACAGAGUCAUUAAAGCAUCUUUGAACUAUGCACAUUUGGUUGUCUCAACGUCUCGUCAGUGUUAUGUGUUCUCGACGAAGAAUUGGAACACACCACUUGUAUUUGAUCUCAAAGAAGGAACUGUUAGUCUCAUUCUCCAGGCAGAAAGACAUUUUCUUCUUGUAGAUGGUGUUGGCGUCUAUUUAUAUUCUUAUGAAGGGCGCUUUAUUUCUUCUCCAAAAUUUCCUGGAAUGAGAACAGAUAUUCUAAAUGCACAGACAGUGUCUCUGAGUAAUGAUACCAUAGCAAUAAAAGACAAAGCUGAUGAAAAAAUAAUCUUCCUCUUUGAGGCAUCAACUGGAAAACCAUUAUGUGAUGGGAAACUUCUUUCUCAUAAGAAUGAAAUCUUAGAAAUUGCUCUGGAUCAGAAAGGACUUACUAAUGACAGAAAAAUUGCUUUCAUUGAUAAAAAUAGAGAUCUCUAUAUUACUGCAGUGAAGCGAUUCGGGAAGGAGGAACAGAUUAUCAAGCUUGGAACAAUGGUGCAUACAUUGGCAUGGAAUGAUACAUGCAAUAUCCUUUGUGGACUUCAAGAUACUCGAUUUACAGUGUGGUACUACCCCAAUACAGUUUAUGUGGACAGAGACAUUUUGCCCAAAACAUUUUAUGAAAGGGAUGCAAGUGAAUUCAGUAAAAAUCCUCAUAUUGUGAGUUUUGUUGGGAAUCAGGUAACUAUAAGAAGAGCUGAUGGUUCACUGAUUCACAUCAGCAUAUCACCAUAUCCUGCCAUUCUCCAUGAAUAUGUAAGCAGUUCAAAAUGGGAAGAUGCUGUAAGACUUUGCCGUUUUGUUAAGGAACAAACCCUGUGGGCUUGCCUAGCUGCUAUGUCAGUUGCUAAUAGAGAUAUGACCACAGCAGAAAUAGCCUACGCUGCAAUUGGUGAAAUUGAUAAGGUUCAGUACAUUAAGUCCAUAAAAAAUCUUCCAUCUAAAGAGUCAAAAAUGGCCCACAUCCUAAUGUUCAGUGGAAACAUACAAGAGGCUGAAGUAGUACUUCUUCAGGCUGGCCUUGUUUAUCAAGCAAUCCAAAUCAAUAUUAAUCUCUACAACUGGGAAAGGGCACUUGAAUUGGCUGUAAAGUAUAAAACUCAUGUGGAUACGGUUCUUGCUUACCGUCAGAAGUUUUUGGAGACAUUUGGGAAACAGGAAACUAAUAAAAGAUACUUGCAAUAUGCUGAAGGUCUCCAAAUAGAUUGGGAGAAAAUCAAAGCCAAAAUCGAGAUGGAAAUUACUAAAGAACGCGAGCAACCACCGAAUAGCCAGCCCAACAAGGGCAUUGGCAUGAAGUCCUAAUGCCCCGCUCAACAUUGACACGUUGCCUCUUUUGGAAUGAAUCCGAAUUAGACAUGGAGAAGCAUGUUUUGGUAGC